GCAAAGACUCCACGCGUUUCCCUAAAGCCACAGCCUAAGAAGCAACAACACAGGAUGAGCCUCGUGACGCUGGCGUUGGUGUGCGUGGCAGUGGCUACGCUUUUGGUGUAUUCGAAAUGGCGGCACAGUUACUGGGCAUCGCGGGGUGUGCAAACGCCGCCCUACGUACCCAUCUUGGGUCACAUACAUCACGCACUCUCAAAGAAAGGGAAAUGGGAGUAUGAUUCAGUGGCUUAUCACAAAUAUGGCGGAUCGAAGUUUUGUGGACUGUAUGAAUUCUUUACUCCGGUCCUGUUGGUGGGUGAUCCCGACCUCAUCAAACAUAUCUUCGUGAAGGACUUUGACCACUUCGUCGACAGAAUGAAUUUAACUUUUCCACACGACAAAGACAAGAUAACAGCACAAAUGUUAUCAUUUAAGAAAGGCGAAGAAUGGAAACAGCUGAGGGCUAUCAUGAGCCCGACCUUUUCCUCAGGCAAAAUGAAGGGAAUGUUUCCUCUUGUGUGUGACAAGGCCGACGCCCUCGUUGCUUUCUCUCUCAGUGAAUCGCGAAGGAAACCUUAUGUUGACAUGAAAUACAAUUUUGGUCGCUUUACCAUAGACACGAUUGCCUCUUGUGCUUUUGGCAUCGAGUGUAAUUCAUUCGUGGAUGAACGCGCCGAGUUUCCCAACAGAGCUGAAAAAUUUUUCGGAACUAAUUUCAAUAUAAGACUCAUAAUGAUGACUACGUUACCUACACUUGCAAAGAUGCUCAACAUCCGGUUCACUAAUCCUGAAGCUUAUUUCCUGGAGGAAGUUGUAACACACACAAUAAAGGAAAGAAUGAAAGGGGAAAGACGUGGGGAUUUCCUUGACUUACUCUUGGAAGUUCGCAGUCCUGACGGCGAAGAAAAGGGGAUUGAUAGUACUACAAAGUCAAAACAGCUGCUGGAUGAUAUCACCAUUGCCUCCCAGUGCUUGCUGUUCCUCGUUGCUGGCUAUGAAACAACAGCUACUGCCAUGGGCUUUGCUGCCUUCCUGUUGGCUAAGAAUCCAAGUGCACAAGAACAACUCCGUAAAGAGAUCCAAAAUUUGGUUCAUGAAGAAGGUGAUAUUACUUACCAAGGGGUCAUGGAAGCUAAAUAUCUCGAUGCAUGCUUGAUGGAAACACUACGCCUGUUUCCUCCAGCACCACUUAUAGAACGACUGUGCACACGUGACUAUCGGCUUCCUGGCACUGACCUGACGAUCAAGGCUGGGGAUAGAAUACAGUGCCCUGUCUGGAGUAUCCACCACGACCCUAAGUACUGGCCCGAGCCUAAUGAGUUCCGUCCGGAGCGGUUUUUGCCCGAGAACAAGACGAGCAUGAAGAACUUCGCCCACAUGCCUUUUGGAAUAGGUCCCAGGAACUGCCUUGCCAUGAGGUUUGCCUUAAUGGAAGCAAAGAUUGUCUUGUCGAAACUGUUGCUUGUGGCAGAGCUGCGCAAUGCACCAGGACACGAAGAAAUGGUGUUGGAGCCAGGAUUGGGUCUCAUUAAGGCCAAGGGUGGAGUCAAGGUUAUCCUGAAUCCACUCUAGAAUUAAAGAAAUGGACGUCGGACCCUCAGAGCUGUGUGAAAAGAAACUACUCUCACUGUCAUCACACUAAUGUGCUUGUCAUCAAUUACUACUCUUACCUACAUAGGUAUUUUUCCCUUCCUUUCGCUUGGUUGAAUGCCAUGUCAACUCACAGUGGAAGAUUUUUUCUUUAAAAAAGAGAGAGAAGAAAAUUGUAUAAUGGACACUUCAUGAAG